CGGCCGUGACAGAACAGGAGAGUUGACAAGGAGGAGGCGGGGCUGCUUCCUGCCUUUAAAUGAUCUGAGUGGGAGUGUGCAGUCACUGGAUUUAACACGGCAGAGGCAGAAGCAUCAUUACAUCGGGAAACUGCAAGUCGUUUUCUCACAUAAAGGUGUCCAGCAGCGAAAGCAAAUUUUGAGUCAUGUGUGGGAUCUUUGCCUACCUGAAUUACCAAGUGCCUCGCACCAGAAAGGAGAUAUUUGAGACGCUGGUGAAGGGACUGCAGAGACUGGAGUACAGAGGGUACGAUUCAGCAGGUAUUGCUGUGGAUGGCCCAACGAAGACAGGCAAUGACAACAACCAACACACCAUCUGUUUGAUCAAGAAGACGGGGAAGGUCAAGGCUCUGGAUGAAGAGCUUUGCAAGAAAGACUUACUUGACCUGGACGAGAAGCUGUGCACACACUUUGGCAUCGCUCACACUCGCUGGGCCACACAUGGAGAGCCGAGCGCGGUCAACAGCCACCCUCAUCGCUCUGACAAGGAAAACGAGUUUGUCGUCAUCCACAACGGUAUCAUCACCAACUACAAAGAGCUGAAGGCCUACCUGAUCAAAAAAGGAUAUGACUUUGAGUCAGAGACUGACACAGAGGUGAUCCCGAAAUUGAUCAAAUAUGUUUACGACAACAGAGAGAAUGACAACAUCGCGUUCUGCACCCUUGUAGAGAGGGUCAUUCAUCAGCUGGAGGGAGCUUUUGCUCUGGUGUUUAAAAGCCGUCAUUUCCCCAGAGAGGCUGUGUGCACCAGGAGAGGAAGUCCGUUGCUCAUUGGUGUGCGAAGUGAGCACGAGCUGUCAACUGAAAACAUCCCCAUCCAGUACAACAAUGCUCACCUCAUGGAGGGAGUCCAGGAGAAGAACAGCCAUAAUAAUUCUGACUGCUCCAGUGCCAUCGACUCAGUGGGGGAUGGCAGAGCUGUGGAGUAUUACUUUGCCUCUGAUGCCAGUGCCAUCAUUGAGCACACCAACAAGGUGUUGUACCUAGAGGAUGAUGACAUGGCAGUGGUGUCCGAGGGGAAACUCUCCAUUCACAGGCUGAAACGGAAGGUGAAUGAGAAUCCAGUGAGGGCAAUCCAGACCCUGCAGAUGGAGCUGCAACAGAUCAUGAAAGGUAACUUUGAUGCCUUCAUGCAGAAGGAGAUCUUUGAGCAGCCAGAGUCAAUCGUCAACACAAUGAGAGGACGUAUUUGUUUUGACACCAACACAGUGAUCCUCGGUGGGCUGAAGGAUCAUCUGAAAGAAAUCAAACGCUGCAGGCGGGUCAUUGUGAUUGGCUGUGGCACUAGCUUCCACGCUGCGGUGGCUACAAGACAGAUCCUGGAGGAGCUGACGGAGCUGUCUGUCAUGGUGGAGCUUGCAAGCGACUUCCUGGACCGCAACACGCCAGUCUUUAGAGAUGACGUUUGCUUCUUCAUCAGCCAGUCAGGAGAGACGGCCGACACCCUGAUGGCACUACGAUACUGUAAGGGUCAAGGUGCUCUGACAGUCGGUGUAACCAACACUGUGGGCAGCUCCAUUUGUAGAGAGACAGACUGCGGAGUCCACAUCAAUGCUGGGCCGGAGAUAGGAGUGGCUAGCACCAAGGCCUACACCAGUCAGUUUGUUGCACUCACCAUGUUUGGACUGAUGAUGAGCGAGGACAGGCUCUCCCUACAGGAGCGAAGACUGGAGAUCAUCAACGGCCUGAAGAUGCUACCCGACCUGAUCAAGCAGGUGUUGGCCCUGGAUAAGAAGAUCAAAGACAUCGCUGAGGAACUGUAUCAGCAAAAGUCUCUUCUGGUCAUGGGCCGAGGUUAUCACUACGCCACCUGCCUCGAGGGGGCACUGAAAAUCAAGGAGAUCACCUACAUGCACUCAGAGGGCAUCCUGGCCGGGGAACUGAAGCACGGCCCUCUGGCACUUAUCGACAAGGACAUGCCGGUCAUCAUGAUCAUAAUGAAAGACUCCUGCUACAAAAAGUGCCAGAAUGCUCUGGAACAAGUCACUGCCAGAUCGGGUCGGCCGAUCAUCCUUUGUUGCAAGGACGACACUGAUAUUUGUCAGAAUGCUUACCACACCCUCGAGUUGCCGCAAACUGUGGACUGUCUGCAGGGCAUCCUUACAGUCAUCCCCCUCCAGCUCCUGUCCUUCCACCUGGCCGUGCUGCGAGGAUAUGACGUUGACUUUCCCAGAAACUUGGCCAAAUCUGUGACUGUGGAAUAAUUACAGUUCACAAAGCACAGGAGAGCAGAAAGGAGGUUCAUUGAUUUACAGUGCAGUUGUGCAAUUUCUUCUGUGUGUGUGUGUGUGUGUGUGUGUGUGUGUGUGUGUGUGUGUGUGUGUGUGUGUGUGUGUGUGUGUGUGUGUGUGUGUGUGUGUUUGUCUUAAGAAUGACCGAGGUAAACAAUACAAUGAUUUUGAAAAGAAGAGUAAUGUGAAGUCAGAACUAUACAGUGCUGAGGAUGUGCCAUCUCACAGAAAAAUCUAUGAAAACAAUAUUCACACUCCCAGAGCAACCAACAUGCUGUGCCUUUUCAUCAUCUCGAGAUGAGCCAAAAACACUUUCUGCAUCUGAGCAGACAAAUCAAUAAUAUGGUGUAUUGAAGUGUUUACAGUUGUGCAAUAUAGGGACCAAAUGUGCAUUAUGCGUGUACACAGUCAUGCGUGACAUGGUUUAUUCUCUUUUUGUUUAUGAAUUUCUAAUGUCUGUCGGUGGUGACUUACCUCACCUUGCGUAAUGGGAAAUGAAGGUAUUAAACAUUUUUAUUCCAGUGAUUUUUUUAAAUUAUAAAAAUCUGUUUUUCAUAUAUAAAUAAAUAUUUUGCUGCACAUUUAUGCUAAAACUGUGCCUGUGAGCCAUUAUCCCAUAACUUUAAUAUGUAUAGCACAGGCUAACAGAAGAAAAUUCCAUAUCAAUCUGACUCUCGCAUUAUACUUGAUUAUGUUAUUAUGAUUCUGCUUCAUUUUGUUUGUUAUUAUAUUUUAAUUUAAAAUAUAGUGUAUGUUUGUUUAUUUAGUCUAAAAGGAUUGCAGGUUCCAAAGUCAGUUCAAGAUUCAACAUUAACCUUUUUUCAUGACUAACCUGUUUUCAUCAUAGUUUGGAGAAUUUCUGAAUCAGCAAAGAAAUCUAACUGUGACCUUUAAUGAUACUUUUGUUUGUCAGCAGUUUUACUGGGUUUUUAAUAAUGAUCAUAUUCUGUAUUUGUCUGAUUUGUAUUUUAUAUGGACUUAAAAAAGGGUUUGAUUUAUAUUUCACUGUAAUUGUAUUUUGUAUGGUACGUUUUAUAUACAAAAGCAGGCAUUUAAUAAAAAGGUUAAGGAUUAUUUUCAA